AUGCCACGAUUUGAGGUGGUGCUUCAGGCAGCAUGCAUUCCUGUCAUCAAGGUUUUGUUGAUAGCAUUUGUCGGAGCUUUCUGUGCCAGGAAAAACGGCAAAAUUCUCAAGGAGAGUUCAAUCAUGGGAAUAUCGAGAUUGAUUUACAACAUCUUCCUUCCUGCCUUCAUCUUCACCAAGCUUACAAAAACCGUCGACCUUCAAAUCAUCUCCCAGUGGUGGCCUAUCCCUGUUUUUGUCGGCUUGAACUUUGCUGCCGGGCUGCUCUGUGGCAUUAUUCUUCUCAAGUUGUUUCCACAGAAAUCGGAGAAGUUUAAAGGCUUAGUUCUUGCCUCAUGCGCACUAGGGAACGUCGGCCAGAUCCCCCUCGCACUGGUCCCUUCCGCCUGCAACAGCCAGAUCCCCAAGUACCAGAACCACGGAGCGAACUGUCUGGCAGACGCACAGGGGAUGGUGGCGUUCGGGCUAUGGGUUGGGACUAUCAUGAUCUGGACUGUAGGCAAAUACUUGAUGACCGAAUCAUUCCUAUCGCAGAAACAACCCAAGCAGUACGUGGAGUUCGAUCCAGAGAAAGGUGGCAGCGGCGUAGCAGACCUGGAAGUCUCGCUUCAAGCGCAAACUUGUCUCCCGACACGGAGCACGAGAAUGCGCAAGAGCUUGAGGCGAGUCUCUCUUGCCAAGGAGUUUCUCGCAAGGAUACCCAACCCUCCCUUCGUUGCCACCGUUCUCGGACUUCUGUGUGGUGGCGUCGGAUUCUUGAAGUACGGGCUCAGCAACCCCAACUCUGUGCUCGCUCCGGCGUUCGACGUCCUGGAGCAGCUGGGAAGCACCUACAUCCCGCUCAUGAUCCUCCUGCUGGGAGCCAACAUGAACGCAGGGGCAGGUGAGAAGGAGGAGGACAUCGAGAUGCUGCACCCGUUCAUGGUGGCUUCAAUCAUCGCCGUGAGGUUGCUGCUGCUUCCUCUGGUGGGGGUGGGGCUGGUGUACAGCUUCAAGCAGACUGUUGCCCCCUCCUUAGAUCCUCUCAUCGAAUUUGUUAUUCUUUUGCAAUUCUCUGUUCCAACUGCUGCAAACCUGAGCACCCUUGCCAUCAUGACGGGGACUUGGCCUGCAAGCGUAUCGCGGCUAGCACUGAGCCAGUAUCUGGUGGCAGUACCUUGCUUGACUAUUGCUAUCAUGGCGUACAUCACCUACACCAUCUGA